GGCAGUGGCUUCCCAGCUGAUUUUGCCAUUAGUGGAGAUUUUUAGGUUAUGUUGACAAAUCAUUCUCAAACAGAUCAGGCUGUGUUUACUGUUGGAUUUAAAAGUUUUUAUUUAAAAAAUAAGUAUUUUUUUAAAUAUUUCAAUUUUAUUAUCAUGGCCAAGCCUCCUCCGGACCCACUAUUUGUAUUUCAUGAGGGUAUGGAGUCUGUAUUUUGUCUACUUUUUGUUAUAAAUGAUAACAACGAGUUGAUCUAUGCUGGAACAGGGGAUGGUAAAGUUUAUAUUUGGGAUUUGGAGGACAACCGCAAACUGAAGACCAACAAAAUCGGAGACAAUACUUGCCUACAACUACACCACAUUGAUCAACAGCUGUUCGUCACUCAAGAGAAAUCAGGCCCUUCAACCGUAUGGCAAGAAGACACUACUACAAUGGAUUGGUCCAAAAAACAUGUGAUUCCUUCAUCCUACGUGGGUUUUUGUAGGAGUGUAUUGACUCAGGACAUGAGGCUUAUCAUUCCUUGUGGUGGAUCUGUUCUAAAAUUGGUUUGUUUAUUAGAAGACAAGAAAAAAGGUGGGAUUGUAGAUGAAAAAGGUAAUAGUGGAGAAAAUUCUGUUGUGAAAAUGGGAAAUAAUGGAGCUUCAUGCUGCAAAUCCGGGGAUACUAAGGGAAACACUAUCCUCUCAGAAUUAGGAGACUCUUUAAAAACUAUAAUUUCCGAAUUAGUCGGGAAAACUUUCAUAGAAAAAUAUUUGUGUUGCAAAAACGAUGAGAAAACCGGUGAGGUUAUGGCGUUGAAAUCGUUUGGACAGUUUUUGUUAGCUGUGUAUGAAUCUGGGGAGUUGAAACUCUGGUGUUUAGGCACCCAAAAAUGUUUGGGGACUUUGAAAUUGUUCGAUGUGACCGUUGACGGUGGAUCUGAUUGUCCGAUGGCCAUUGAUUUCGAUGAGGCAACUGGUUGCGGUAUUGUCGGGAGUAGUUCUGCUGAAUUAAUUGAGUUUUCUCUGGAAGGUUUUGGAGUAAAUUGUGAACAGACUAAAAACAGUACAGUGGUCGCCUAUGAUGAACCGGUUAAAAACAGUACAGUGACCGCCGAGGUGAAACUGGUUAAAACACGUACAGUAACAAUGACAAACCCGGGAUCAAGUUGUGUCAAAAUACGGGAAGAUGGCAAACUUUUUCUGGUAGGUAGUUGGGAUGGGAGGAUUCGUGUAUAUUCUUGUAGAAGUUUGAAACUUUUGGUGGUGUUAGACAGUCACAGAAAGAAAACUGUACAAGAUUUAGUGUUUUCUUCGAAAGAAAAUAUGAAAAGCUGGACUGGUAACAAUGUAUUUGCCACAGGUGGUUUAGAUGGCAGGGUAUGCCUGUGGAGUAUUUAUUGAU